AUGGAAGAGAUGAUCAAUCUAAAUGAAACACCAGCGAACCAGGUGACUGAAUUUAUUCUUAUGGGCAUCACAAUACAUCCUGAGCUGAAGGGCCCCCUCUUUGUUGUCUUUUUCCUCAACUACAUGGCCAUAGUGGUGGGAAACUUGGGUCUGAUCAUCCUGACCAGUGUUGAUUCCCAUCUUCAAACACCCAUGUACUUUUUCCUCAAGCAUCUGGCAUUUGUUGAUCUUGGCUAUUCCACAGCUAUUGGGCCAAAAAUGCUAGUUGGAUUGAUGGAAGAGAAAAAUAUCAUUUCUAAUAGUGAAUGUGCAAUGCAACUAGUUUUUGUGGUGACAUUUAUUUCCAGUGAAAUUUUUAUCCUUUCAGCCAUGGCCUAUGACCGCUAUGUCGCUAUCUGUAAGCCCCUCCUCUAUAUGGUCAUAAUGUCAGACAUGGUAUCUUGGCUUUUGGUGGCUAUCUCAUACCUCUAUAGUAUCAUGGUAUCCCUACUGAUCACAAUAAAGAUUUUUAAGUCAUCUUUCUGUAAAUCAAAUGUUAUAAGACACUUCUACUGUGACAGUCUCCCCCUAUUGUCCAUUAUAUGCUCAGACACAAGUGACAUUGAACGAAUAAUUAUGACCUUUACUGCAUUUGAUUUGACUUCUUCCCUCUUGAUUAUCCUUAUCUCUUACAUGUUCAUUCUUAUGACUAUCCUCAGGAUAAACUCUUCUGAGGGCAGGCACAAAGCCUUCUCUACCUGUGGCUCUCACCUCACAGGGCUGAUUAUAUUCUAUGGGACACUUCUCUUCAUGUACUUGCAGCCCCAGUCUAGACAUUCCUUUGACAAAGACAAAAUGGCCUCUGUGUUUUACACUCUGGUCAUCCCCAUGCUCAACCCUUUGAUCUACAGCUUGAGGAACAAGGUAGUGAGAGGUGCCUUGAGGAGACUCUUUAAAAAAAUCAUGUAA